UAAAGCUCAAACGCAAUCUAACUGAUUUUGGCUACUAGACAUGAAGGUAAUGAGUAACCUUGUUUGACAGGUCAUGACUGAAAGUGACACAAUGGUACUUUUCAGGCUUAGAUUGUGUUGUUUCAGAAUUUGGAUGCCAUUUACUAGAAAGUACUAACCUUGUUUCAGUUCAUUGAGGUGUAACGUGUACUUUUCUGAAUGUGCAUUCUAUGUAAACAGCAAAAACAAGAUGUGAUUACUCAGGAGGUCCACAUGCCUGUGUGCAUGCGCCUCCAGACCUCGAGGAACACAGAACCCAAUGUGCAUUCCUGCUCUCCUUUUUCCCCAGGACUCCUUGCAGCUGUUGUCUGACAAAACCUAACGAGAAAUGGCAAACAGCCUUUUGAAGACAUCAUCGCUAUCUAUGAGGACCAAAUUGCUACAUCAAACAGGAGUGUCACUUUAUAAUACAUCUCAUGGCUUCCAUGAAGAGGAAGUAAAAAAAAAACUUCAGGAAUUUCCUGGUGGAUCUGUUGACCUCCAGAAAGAAGACAAUGGCAUUGGGAUUCUUACUCUGAACAACCCAAGUAAAUUGAACGCUUUCUCAGGUGUUAUGAUGCUACAACUCCUAGAAAAAGUCAUUGAAUUAGAAAAUUGGACAGAGGGGAAAGGCCUCAUUGUCCGUGGGGCAAAAAACACGUUUUCCUCAGGAUCGGAUUUGAAUGCUGUGAAAGCACUAGCCACCCCAGAGGAGGGAGUUGCCUUAUGUAUGUUCAUGCAAAACACAUUAACAAGAUUAAUGAGACUUCCCUUAAUCAGCGUUGCACUGGUUCAAGGUCGAGCACUGGGGGGAGGAGCAGAAUUUACAACAGCAUGUGAUUUCCGGUUAAUGACUCCAGACAGUGAGAUCAGAUUUGUCCAUAAGGAGAUGGGCAUAAUACCAAGCUGGGGUGGUACUUCCCGGCUUGUUCAAAUAAUUGGCAGUAGACAAGCUCUGAAAGUGUUAAGUGGAGCCCUCAGACUGGAUUCACAAAAAGCUUUAAAUAUAGGAAUGGUUGAAGAGGUCCUGCAGUCUUCAGAUGAAGUGAAAUCUCUAGAAGAGGCACAAGAGUGGCUUAAACAAUUUACCAGUGGGCCACCAGAAGUAAUUAGAGCUUUAAAGAAAUCUGUUUGUUCAGGCAAAGAGCUUUAUUUCGAAGAGGCAUUACAGAAUGAAAGAGAUCUUUUAGGAACACUGUGGGGUGGAAGUGCAAAUUUAGAGGCUAUUGCCAGGAAAAAGAAAUUUAAAAAUUAGUUUAAAAUGUGAAUGUACUGUUAAGUAAAGCUGUAAUGAUUAGUAUGCUUUGACACUAAAUGCUUUUGAAUAU